GUAUCUACAUGGCUUUGAAAUGAGCUCUACUAAUCCUUCAUUCAAGACAUCCUGGGUGGAAAUCAUUGAAAGUACAAUAGUGUGCAUGACGCUAGGAAAGAUAAAAGCUCCACCCCGUUACUGUGUGACUGUGAAGUGGCUUUCUCCAUCCCUUUUUUUUUAUCUGUCUUGAGUCAACAAAAAGGGCAUCAAGAUAAGGCCGGCACAUUGACGAGAUGUGCAAAACAGCCAUUGAUUUAUAAAAGCGUAAAGCCUAAUGGAUGUGAAACACAGAGAGCUUACUCUGUUUUGGACACCAGGACGCUUCUAGAGGACGUAUUCCACACACCUCAGUCUGAGCAUCCCUCUCAAAGCUUGAAAGGUAAAAUGACGUCAUCAGUCCUCAGCUCAAACCUCACACAGGAGUGGGUGGAGUGUCUGCGCAGGUGGCACCUUGAGUUCUUUUUCAUCCCCACAACAGUCGUCACUCUGGCCACCUUGCUGGCCAACCCUGUUCUCCUGGCGUGCAUCUUUCUGUCCCGUGCCCUGCGUCAGGAGACACGCUACCUGCUGGUGGCCAACACUCUCGCGGCCGACGUGCUCUUUCUCGUGCUUAACCUCUCCACAGUGAUUUGUAACGCUGUGAGGGCCCAGAUUCCGUGGCUGCUCUGUGAGGUCAUCACAGCAGUCACCGUCACCGCCUACUGCUGCGCCAUCCUUACCGUCACGUUCAUGGUGGUCGACACCUAUGCUGCGGUUCGCUGGCCUCUCCAUUACCAUGACAUUCUCCCUCCUGCACGCACCCACCGCAUACUGGUGGGGUUGUGGGUGGUAGCAGCCAUUUAUCCUUUCACCCUGGUGAUACUGAUGGAGGAUGAAAGAGGAACUCCACAUGGCGAUGUGUCUGUGUGUCUGGCCGUCAUCUCCCUUGGCCUCAUUCUGGUCAAGGACACAGUGUGGAUCCACAUCUACUUCUUUGUAGCUGCUCUUAUCUGCACCAUACUCAUUUUGUACUGCUACAUCCGACUCUACAUGGUCACAAGGACUCAGGGAAUCUGGCAAAGUCGAUUCUCCAGGGCCCGGGUCACGCUCCUUGCUCAUGGACUUCUUCUUCUGCUGUACUUUGCCCCUGGCUUUGUUUUCACCAUGGAGCUCUUCCUCAUCCGCAGGGAAGACAUAAGUCAAGAUGUUCGUGUUUGGGUCAGCACAGUCAAUAUGUGUGUGUUCAUGCUGCUGCCCAGAGCGUUUGCUCCGUACCUAUACGGGCUGAGGUACAGGGAGAUCUCUGACACUCUGAUGCAACUGCUGCAGCAGCACAGGAGACUCAGCCAGGUCACAGUUUCAUCAAGACACUAGUGGACUCUCCAUUAUCCCUAUUUAUUUAAUUUCUCCAACUGAAGAUGGAUGGAAGAUAGCCCAUAAGAUCAUGUUUCAGAACACAACACUAGGCUGAUUCUGAUUAUUUUGUAGAAGCCAAGGGGGCGUGACAAUCACUCUUCCAAUUUCAGCCCUGUAAAGUUUAGAAUUUAAAUAUGUUUAAGGUUGCACGCUUUUAAUACUGGAAGAGAAUAAGGUUGUUUAUUUUAAGGAAGUUAAACAUUUUAUCUAGUUUUGACUCUCCUCAGUCUGCUAAUCAUAAUUAAACUGGGUUUAAACUUCUAUAAAAUAAGCAUGUCUUUACUUGAGAACAGACAAAACUGAAAAGUGGGCUUAAUGGUUUCUUAUAAAUUAUAAUUCAUGAUGACAAAUGACAAAACAUUAGCUCUGUAAGGAUGCAUCAAUAGCUUCAAAACAAUAUUUUUUAAGUCCUUUGUUUUUCAUAUCCACAUGUGUAAUGGAUUACUAAAGGGCUAUGUUGAGGUUUGUUAAAAAGUCUGAUAUGGCCUUUUAACAAGAGCCAUGAGCUGCAUAUCA